CGUCUCUAAUCAAAUCGCUCUCUACACUCAAACAUUUUUCGAAGCAAAAAAAAAUAAGGCCCUCGAAAGCAUAUUGCAACAAUACACAAUUCAUUCCAAUUAGCACACAUUUUCGCUACACAACAGACAACAAAAACACACAACAACAGAUAAACUGGCAUUGCUUAUGCAUUUUGGACAUUUGGCUCUCAAAUGAUGAAAAUGUGUUUCGCAUGCUCGUUAUAGACUAAGAGCAUAAGCAUGCAGUUAUCAUUUUAUCACAUAUGACACAACACAGCAGCAGCAGCAACAACUGCAACAACAACAAUAAAAGCCCACUUCAUCGAAAUAACCAGACACAAGUGCAAAAAGCCAAUUGAGAAGAGAGGUCGAGAUACAUAUACAGAUAGAAAGUGUCGGUGUCCACACUGACUCCAUACACAACAAGCAAGAGAAAGAAAUUGAUUGUCAAAUUCAAAGACUUUAUUCAUCAUGGCUGAUCCGAACCGGAUUGUUUUGAAUUUUCACAAUACAUUGUUGCGUGAGAGUGAUGUAAAUUUACUGAUGGGUCCACACUGGCUAAACGAUCAAAUCAUCUCAUUUUAUUUGGAAUAUUUGGAGAAGAAUGUGUUUCAGAAUGCGCGCGGUUUGCUGUUUAUAUCGCCGGAAGUGGUGCAAUGCUUAAAAUUUGUGACACGCCAAGAGAUGAGCAUCUUCCUUGAGCCAUUGAAUGCCAACGGGAAAUCGUUCAUAUUUUUACCAUUGAACGAUAACAACGAGGUAAAAGCGGGCGGUAAUCAUUGGAGCCUUUUGGUAUUUUCACGGCCUGAAUCAACAUUUUACUACUACGAUUCGUUAAGCAGUGGCACAUCAUUGCGAUCACUACGGCCAUUUUUAUUGGAGUUGGCCGCCGCAAUCGAUUGUCCCGAGUUCGAUGUGCGGCAGGGCGAUUGUGUCAAACAAAAUAACAGCUAUGAUUGUGGCAUUCAUGUGGUGUGCAACGUUGAAUGUUUGGCACGACGUGCUUUCAAAUACAAUUCCCUCGAUGAUGACGACACAACCGUAUCAACGGAUGAAGACCCCACGAAAAUGACCACACAGAAAAUUCGGCAAAAACGACAAGAAAUUCUCAAUAUUAUUCAAAAGCUCGGCGGCAAAUUGUAAAUAUCCACACAGGAACAACAACAACAAAA